AUGGGUGCAUACAGAGCGGACGACGACUACGAUUACUUGUUCAAGGUGGUGCUCAUCGGCGAUUCCGGUGUCGGAAAAUCGAAUUUACUGUCCAGAUUCACCCGCAAUGAGUUCAGUUUAGAGUCUAAGUCGACUAUCGGCGUUGAAUUCGCCACUCGAAGUAUCCGCGUUGAAGAUAAAGUUGUCAAGGCCCAGAUUUGGGACACCGCCGGACAAGAACGAUAUCGUGCAAUCACAAGUGCCUACUAUCGAGGAGCUGUUGGUGCUUUGCUAGUCUACGAUGUCACGCGCCAUGUGACAUUUGAAAAUGUCGAGAGGUGGUUGAAGGAACUCAGGGAUCACACAGAUUCAAACAUUGUUGUCAUGCUUGUGGGAAAUAAAGCAGAUUUACGUCACUUGAGAGCUGUUUCCACAGAAGACGCAACAGCAUUUGCUGAAAGAGAGAAAACAUAUUUUAUGGAAACCUCUGCCCUGGAAUCUAUGAACGUAGAAAAUUCCUUCACAGAAGUGCUUACUCAGAUAUACCAUUUUGUCAGCAGAAAAGCUCUUGAAGUUGGUGAUGAUCCCGCAGCUUUACCCAAAGGGCAGACCAUUAAUGUUGGCUCGAAAGAUGAUGUUUCAGCAGUAAAGAAAGUUGGUUGUUGCUCUGUUUAG